GUAUCAGCAUGAAACCAGGGCUAUGACAAAAAUGUUAAUAGACUUUUAGUUCAUUCAUUGUUCAUCAUUCUUCUUAUAGAUGUACCAAACUUCAUGGUUUACUCUAAUCAACUUCUGUCAAUUACUAAAAUCUUGCAUUGCCCACAAAAAUCUUCUAACAGGAAAAUCUCUUCAUACCCUUUACAUAAAAUCUGUGAUUCCUCCUUCAAUAUUUCUUUCCAACCACUUCAUUCUACUCUACUCAAAAUGCCGCCAUCUUUCUGCAGCACGCAACACUUUCAAUCUUACUCCAUAUCCAAAUGUCUUCUCUUACAAUACCAUUAUCGCAGCAUACGUAAAAGAAGGUCAAAUUCAAAUUGCCCACCAACUGUUCGACAAAAUUCCUGAACCAGAUAUUGUGUCUUUCAAUACUCUCAUUGCAGCGUAUGCUAAUAGAGGGGAGAUUUGGCCUGCCCUUAAGCUUUUUGAUGGAAUUAGAGAUAUUGGUUUGGAGCUAGACGGGUUUAGUUUCUCUUCUAUUAUUUCAGCUUCCGUUAAUAAUGUUUUAUUGAUAACACAAUUGCAUUGUUUGGUUGUUAAAGGAGGGUAUGAUGUUUUGUACGCUUCUGUUAAUAAUUCUCUUGUGAGUUGUUAUAGCAAAAAUGGGUUUUUGAAUGAAGCUAAGAGGGUGUUUUGUGAGAUGAAUGGGAGGGAAGAUGAAGUGUCUUGGAAUGCUAUGAUUGUUGCAUAUGGACAACAUAAGGAAGGAGUAAAAGCUCUAGAAUUGUUUCAAGAAAUGGUUAAGAGGGGUUUAUAUAUUGAUAUGUAUACUUUGGCUAGUGUUUUGACUGCUUUUACGAGCUUAGUAGAUCGGUUAGGGGGUCUUCAGUUUCAUGGUCAGUUGAUCAAAAUGGGGUUUAACUCAAAUCCACAUGUGGGAAGUGGGUUAAUUGAUUUGUAUUCUAAAUGUGGGUGUAGUAUGUUGGAUUGUAAGAAAAUAUUUGAGGAAAUUCCGGAGCGUGAUUUGGUUCUGUGGAAUACUAUGAUCUCCGGGUAUUCCCAGUUUGAGGAGUUAUCUGAAGAGGCUGUUACUUGUUUCAGAGAUAUGUUGCGCGUCGGUUAUCGUCCAGAUGAUUGCAGCUUUGUUUGUGUUAUUAGUGCUUGCUCAAGCUCGCAGUCUCCUUCACAUGGAAAACAGAUCCACUCACUGGCUCUGAAGUCUGAUAUACCAUCGAAUCUGAUAGCGGUUAAUAAUGCCUUGGUAGCUAUGUAUGCGAAAUGUGGAAAUCUUCAAGAUGCUAGACGGUUGUUUGAUACAAUGCCGGAGCAUAAUGUUGUGUCCUUGAACACCAUAAUUGAUGGUUAUGCCCAGCAUGGGCUUGGGCAUGAAGCACUGCAUCUUUUCAAUUGGAUGCUUGAAAUUGAUAUUAUGCCUACUGCUAUAACCUUCAUUUCUGUGCUUUCAGCAUGUGCACACACUGGGAAAGUUGAGGAAGGUCAGAAGUAUUUUGAUAUGAUGAAGAGGAAAUUUGGGAUCGUUCCUGAAGCAGAACAUUACUCCUGCAUGAUUGACAUGCUUGGCCGAGCUGGAAAACUUCUUGAAGCUGAACAGCUGAUUGAAUCGUUGCCAUAUAACCCUGGGUCUAUUGCCUGGGCCGCUUUGCUUGGCGCCUGCAGAAAACAUGGUAACAUUGACUUAGCUGUUAAGGCGGCAAAUCAAGUGCUUCUGACAGAUGGUUCAAAUCCUGCUCCAUAUGUCAUGCUUGCCAAUAUGUUCGCUGAUGCUGAAAGAUGGGAUGAUGUUGCAAAGGUUAGGAGGCUAAUGCGUAACAGAAACCUUAGAAAGAAGCCAGGGUGUAGUUGGAUUGAGCUAAACAAGAAGGUUCAUAUUUUUGUGGCUGAAGAUGCUUCACACCCCAUGAUAAGAGAAAUAUAUGAGUACUUAGAGGAGAUACUAUUAAAGAUAAAACAUGUUGGUUAUGUCCCAGAUGUACGAUUGGCGUUGGUCAAGGAUGAUGGAAUAGGAGAAGAAAGAGUGAGGAGACUAGUUCAUCACAGUGAGAAACUGGCUGUCGCAUAUGGGCUCCUGUCAACUAAAGAGGGAGAGCCUAUCCUUGUUGGUAAAAAUCUAAGAAUAUGUGGAGAUUGUCAUAAUGCUAUCAAGCUUAUUUCUGCUGUCACUGAAAGAGAGAUUACUGUCAGAGAUGCCCGAAGGUUUCAUUGCUUCAAAGAUGGAAAAUGCACUUGCGGAGAUUACUGGUAGCACUUUUUGUUGUUCCUCCCUCAUUUCAAAAAGAACCCCAGUCAAUUCGGGGUUUCUUACAGAAAUGCUGUUUUCCAACGUUGGACUACCUGGAGAAACUUGACUUCCUCGCUUACUUUCUGCCACUGAUGAAUCCAAGUCACAGGUAUAUAAGCCAGGAAUCUGCCAUAGGCCCAUAUUUAAACGAUGACAUAUGUUAAUGCUGUCGCCUUUUUAAUGAUAAAUGAUGAUUCCUGAUUUAUUGACAUUUGAAGUGAACUUCAAGCGAUUAGCUCUGAAAUUGAAGCGAAAUCAAACAAUGAAUCCUGGUCACAGGUUUUUAAGCCAGGAAUCAUUACUUCUUGUGUUCAAUCUUCAUAGCCCUGGGGGUAAGAGAUCCAUUGGGUGGCUGGCAUUUUGCAAUUGCGAUCUUGUAGCUCGCCAUCAGAUAGCAUAACCUAUAUGAGCAAAGCAGUGUAGUCAAAAACACUUCAUUGUUUUUGAUCUGUUCUGGAUUUACAUGGGUGGUAAUCAGCUUCAGGAAAUUUGGGUUUUAACAUUCCUAAAUCUUAAUAGAGGAGUAUAUCAGAAUGCUUCACAUAUUGCAAACAUCUGCCAUAUCAAUGUUGGAGGAAGGUGGUAUCAUUCUAGAGCUGCUCCUGUGUUUUCUGCAGAUGGGGAUGCCAUGACAGUAAAAU